AUGAAUUUUUUGGAACUACCACUUGAAAUAUGUGGACUUAUUAUUGAAUAUUUGGAUGUAAUAUCAAAAAUAAAUUUUUACAAUGCUUCUAAAAGUUUAAGGCCCUUUUUUACGCCAUGUCACGUGAAGGGUCUAAAUUUAUCGAGAAGUCGUAUCGCAACUGUAAAAACUUUGCAAGAAGAACUUUGUUUACAUUGGAUCCACUUUAUUCAAGAUCUAAAUUUAAGCGGUGUACAAGAUUUAACAAGUGAUUGUUUAAAAUUGUAUAUUCACAGAUUGUCAAGUUUAAAAACUUUGGAUGUAACAUUUACGAGUAUUUUUUUAUCAGAUAUAACAGAGAUCUGUCCAAGUACUUUAAAGAAUAUAAGUAUAAACUUCUUUAAGAAUACGCGCAAGUGUAAAGAAGACGGAAAAUGGGAAACUUGCGAAAAUUUAUUCAAAGAGAAGGAAUUUGCUAGCAUCCAUUUUAUUGUGUUUGAAUUACAUGAUAGAGAAUGUCCAUUAAAGUUUUUGAAAAAUGUUCCAAAUAUUAGAGAAUUAAAAAUAACGAUCGCUGAUAAUUACGAAGAUUGCACUGAUAUACUGAAUGAUACCGAAGUUGAUGAUGAAAUGAUUGAUAUAAACUUUGCUAAAUUGUCCUAUUUUAUACGAGACUGCCGCGUCACACACAAGACUUCACAUUAUUUAAAAGGAAUUAGGAAUUUAGAUUUCGCACAAAUUGAAUACAUAUUUAUAAUGUACUUAGAAAGAAUACAAGUAUACGUUUCACCAGUCUUCAUGACCUUGUUUCAUGAUACUUGCAGUGAUUUACACGUGAAAGUGUGUCCAGUCUUACCACAAGAUUUUAUGUUGGACUUAAAUAUCGUCUUCAAAGCUUGGAAUAAAACAGUUACUAAUUUUAACCAUGAGUUUUUUGCAGGUCUACUUAGGGAUCUGAAAGAUUACUUCCCCACGUAUAUUUGUAUGUCUGGAAAAGUUAAUAUGAGGGUAAUGAACGUUGCAAACGAUUGGUAUUGCAUUGAUUCCUGUAAUGAUUUCGAGCAAAAUUUAGAAUUUUUACCAAGUAAACUAACCUUAACGGAUUUUUGUCGAAAAAGUGGAUCAGUAUUAAGGCGCAGUAGACCGAUUAGCUUGUUGCCCGGAUUAGUAUCAUUAUCGAAACUUAAUUUUUUGCGACUGAGUAAUGUUUGGAUCAAGGACAACUUCUUUUCUACACUAUUCUCCGAGUGCCCUCAGCUUCAAACAUUAGAUAUUUAUGUAGAAAGACGUGGCAAAUUGAGUACUUUUCGAUCGUACACAAAUUCACUAGCAAGGAGUGUGCAUGUUGCCAAAAGUUUGAAAAAUAUAAAACUGACAUCAGAAGAUAUAGACUAUGCAGAAUUGUUUGGAAUAUUAUGCAAUUUUCAUAAUUUAGAAAACAUUCAUAUAUGUGAAUACGAGAGAAAUGUUAAUGAUAUUGUAGCUUCAGAUAAUAUAGUUAUUUUUAUCAAAAACUGUAUCAAUUUAUACAGUUUAUUUAUCGAAGCUGACUUGCCAUCAGAAGAAUUAACUAUUUUAAUAGCACCCUUAAGAGAAACUGCACAAAAAUUGGAUCGCCAUUACCUUUGUAUAGAAGUAUGUGAUUGUUAUCGCGGAUGGAAUCCUUUUGUGGACGUGUUUAAUCCCAGUCCUUUACAUAUAUUAGACUAA